GUGCCCCCACACUCACAGACAGCACAGUUCAAAACACAGUUGAUGCGGAUAAGUUGAUAACCUCUACUACCAGAAGAGGACGCUGGGAAAGUUUUACACCGUUAAAGUUUGACUUGUAAUCUUUUCGUCUGGGUAGAACUCGGAAUUUCGCAAGGUCCAAACGAAUUGGGCACAACGAGGGGGGAUCUCAACAGCCACUGGCAAAGGAUACAAGUUUUGAAAUGGAUGUAUGUUUCACUUUGGACUUCAAAAGGGACUACUGAGAAGUCUCUGGAUCUGCCUCGGAACUCGGCUUAAAAACAUAUUGAAUAAAGCAGAGCAACAGAUGAGUGUUUAAAAAGAAGGAACCAAAAUGAAGACGGCUGCCAAGGGUCUUGGGAAGUCUGUAAUGGACCACUCACACAAUGAGGGUUGGUGGAACAGGAGGAUAGUGAUAAUGGUGUAUAUGGUCUUACAGCUCAUUACAGUCCAUUCCCCUGGGGUCACGGGGACCCUUGAGCUACAGCUCGACGAAGAACAGCCAGCAGGCACAAUUGUAGGGGACAUCAGUGCUGGACUUCCACCUGGCAUCACAGCAUCCCUGUACUUUAUCUCAGACCAUGAAGGCACUGGAGUGGGUAGUGAUUUGGACAUAGAUGAGAGCACAGGCAUUAUUAAAACCGCAAAAGUUCUGGACAGGGAACUGAGGGAUAGAUACAACUUCAUUGCAGUCACUAUGACAGGUGUGACUGUGGAGGUGACCAUCAACGUGAAUGACAUAAAUGACCAUGCUCCAACGUUCCCCAGGAAACAGGCCACCUUUAAAAUCCCUGAGCAAACAGCCAUCGGCACCAGGUUUCCUCUUGAGCCAGCUAUGGAUGCUGAUAAAGGCCAGCUUACAACACAGGGUUACCUAAUUAAAGAUGGAAAUGUUGGCCAGGCAUUCACUUUGGAGACCAGGAGGGGAAGCAAUGAGGUUCUCUAUCUUGACUUGGUGGUCAAUGCCAUUCUUGACAGAGAGAAAAGGUCCACCUUUACUUUAUCUCUAGAGGCUUUUGACGGUGGUUCCCCCAAAAGGAGUGAUCAGAUGACAUUAGAUAUUACUGUCCAAGACAUAAAUGACAACGCUCCCAUUUUCAACCAGAGCCGCUACCAUGCCAUAAUAUCAGAGAACCUUCAGCCAGGAAGCAACAUCCUGCAGGUGUUUGCCACAGAUGCUGAUGAAGGAGACAACGGAAUAGUGCUGUAUGAAAUCAACAGGAGACAAAGCGACCCGGACCGCUACUUUGUCAUUGACUCUCGCACCGGCGUCAUCACACUCAACAAGCCGCUCGACUUUGAGAUGAGGAGAGUCCACGAGCUGGUAGUCCAGGCGCAAGACAAUGCAACCCAACCGGAGGUAACCAAUGCCUUCGUCACCAUCCACGUCAGAGACUACAACGAUAACCAACCCACCAUGACCAUCAUCUUUCUCAGUGAGGAUGGAUCUCCCAGAAUCUCAGAGGGUGCACAGCCAGGCCAGUUUGUAGCCAGGAUCUCAGUCACUGACCCAGACUACGGAGAGUAUGCCAACGUCAACGUGUCACUAGAGGGAGGAGAUGGAAAGUUUGCCCUGACCACUAAGGAUAGCAUCAUCUAUCUGAUCUGUGUGGACCAGAUUCUGGACAGAGAGGAGAGGGACACCUACGAGCUGAGGGUGAUGGCAACAGACUCGGGCACUCCUCCUCUCAGGGCCGAGUCCUCCUUCAUCAUCCAGGUGAUUGACGUCAAUGACAAUCCUCCUCUGUUUGACCAGCCAGUGUACAGGCAGGUGAUCCCUGAAUUGGUGUUUCCAGGGAGCUUUGUGCUACAGGUGACGGCUAGAGACAAAGACCAGGGGCCCAAUGGGGACAUUAACUAUAGCAUCCUGCGAGACCAAGGUGCUUACUCCAACUGGUUCAGUAUAGACUCUGUUACAGGGAUUAUCACUACUCUCUCCCAGCUGGAUUAUGAAAAGAACCCCAAUCCCAGUAUAACUGUAUUGGCUUCAGAUGGAGGAAAACCACCUCUAUCCUCUUCUGCUGUGGUAAACAUUGUACUUCAGGAUAUAAAUGACAAUGAGCCAGUUUUCGAGAAGAAUUUCUACAAUGUGUCCAUCAAAGAGAACACAUCUCCAGGGACCUGCAUUCUUGAGACUUUCCUACUAAUCCGAUUUCCCAAGUGUCUGCAGUAGUAUGGCAUGGAUCAAGGAGUUGGAC